AUGGCAUCGUCUACGACGAACCCGCCCGCUGCUCCGGAUUCCUUUGACCUGGGUAUCCACACCCCCGCCAACCUGAACCGAGGAGCCCGUGCAGCUCUCUUGCAGAACAGCCCCGCGAUCGUGAACGGCCCAAUUGGCGUCUCACCCGAUCCCCGGCGCAUGGCUCAAACGCCGUCCUCGCCACUUAAUGCCACCACCACCACUGCCGCAGCUACGGAAGGAGCUCGCCCUGACCCCCCCUCAUCACCUCCUGGACAACGACCAGUCUCUAUUGUCGAAUCAGCCAAUAGGCUCGCACGCGAACGUGUAGAGGAGUAUAACGCCAAACUGACGGUCUUCCAGGCCUUCUGUGCCAAGUUCGAAGAAGCUGCGCAGCAAUUUACCACUGGACCGGAACGACAAUUCGCCCAACAGUUCGCCAACAGCUUUCUAGACUCCUGGAGCCGCGAGCUCUCCGGUGCUGGACCAACCCCCAAGCCUACGUACAGCAGCGUCGCUGCCUCACCUCCUGCGGCUGAUCCCGGCCAUCUGCCUCCCCAACGCCAACGACAACAACAACAUCGACAACAAUCUGACGCCCCGCGUCGCCAGGGACGACCGGCGACUAUCGCCCCACCCCGCGAGGACCUCCGGGUCUUCAUCCGCCUAGAAGCUAGCGCCCCGGCCCGGACCCAGAGUUGCUACGCGAUCCGGACCCACAUCUGCGAAAAACUCGGCGCCAUCUCAAACAAGAUCCGGCAGGUAUUCCCCGUCAGAUCGGGAUGGGCCGUCCAGACCGCCGACCCUGAGACCCGCGACUACCUCGUGGAGAAGCAGUCCGAGUGGGCGGCGGACCUGGGCGCCAUGUUGAGAUGA